CCUUUGAUGUCAUGCCAAAAUCCUCUAAUGUAAACAUAAACAUAGCAUGAUUAUGUAGUGUUUGUUAUGCAGUUUUGUUAUGUGUUUGAUUCUAAGAGCAAAUAUAUGUAGUUCAUUCUGAAUUUGUGAUUUGUUUCUGUAGAUGAUAUAUAUUUUAAAACAUGAAUGCAAAAAAGUAUGAAACUAAUAUACUUAAUGGUGUAGAACAAGCUGCAAUAUCCGUCAUUAGUCGAGCUGUGCAAUAUGAUAAGGAAGGUAAAUACCCUCCUGCACUCGCAUCAUACCAAGAAGGUAUACAGUUAUUUUUAGAUGUAAUUAAAAGUACACCGGAUAAAAGAAAACAAGAACUUUUACGUCAGAAAGCUGCUGAAUAUAUUUCACGUGCUGAAAAAAUCAAAGAAAUAGUUCAGCAGCAAAAAGACUCAGGUAACUACCAUGAACAAAUUCAAAUACCCAACAGUGGUGUCGGAUUUAGUUACGAAAAUUUAUUUAGAAAAUAUUUGGAUAAAACUGUGAAAAAAGUUGAAAUAGAGGACCCUUAUAUUCGAAAUGUACAUCAAACCUAUAACUUCUUAAGUUUUUGCGAACUCUUGAUUAGAUUUUGUUCUGAAUUAAAGAAAAUAAUUUUAACUACUGGCGCUAAUCAGCAGGAUCACGCUAAUCAAAGAUCUCGUUUUGAUAGCAUCAGGAACAGUCUUGCAUCUUAUAAUGUAGAAUUAGAAAUCGUAUAUUCUGAUACAUUACACGAUAGAGAAAUAAGAUUAGAUAAUGGAUGGAUUAUUAAAAUAGGACGUGGAUUGGAUAUUUUUAAAUCUGUGAAUAAAUUCUCCAUUGGAUUUAUUGAUCAAAAUUUAAGGCCUUGUCAUGAAACUACCGUUGAUAUUUUUUUCAAACAUUAAAUUCUUACAUUGUUUGAAAUAUCAGAUGCUGUAACUGAACAGCAGCCAUAAUGAAUAUCAAUGGAAUCAACUUAAUAGACAGGGCAGUGUUGCUGCAUUUAUGCUGCUUUGUUUAUUUUAGUUGUUUUCGAAAAGAAAAGUGACAUUUUGUGCUUGACCAUUGGCCAAAGGCCAUUGAUGAAAUGAAAAAGUUCACCAUCUACUUAUUAUAUAAAUUACCAUUUGUUAUUUAUUUUUGAAACUCCAAAUUUUAUGAAUAUUGUAUUGGCUUUGUAAUUCUCUAAAAACUUUGUUAGUUAUAAUUUAAAAGAGUUCUUAGGUACUUUUCCAUUUCCCUGGUGCAGGCGAUAAAGUUGCCAAAAAUGAUACAACCGAUGCCAAACAGAAUAUAUCAGCUGGCAACAUUAUUUUUAUGUGUAUACUAUGCAUCAUUAAUAAAG